AUGGCUGAGGGAUUUGCUCUACCGCCGGAUGAUGCUAGCAAUCAUAAUUGUAUGCUGUGUGAGGACCAUGAUAGUGUGGACGACAUGGUCCAAUGCGAUGCGUGCGACUUCUGGGCCCACUAUCGUUGCGCAGAUGUGACAGACGCCGUCAAGGAUACCCCUUGGACGUGUUCAAAGUGCACGAACAUAUUGCACGUGCCGAAAGCCGCUAAGAAAGGGCCGCCUAAGAAAACGUCUGGUAAGAAAGGCAAUGCUAAAAGUGAUGCAGGUUCAGAUACAGGGAAAGCAAGCGUCGCCGUGCCCACGUUAGACGAAUCACUGUUGGAGUUGCAGCGUGAAAAUCGGGCUAAGGAAAAGGAGCUUGAGGAUGAAAAAUUUCUUCAUGAAAAACGGUUAGAGAUGGAGAGACAGUUUCUCGAAAAGAAACGGUUGCAGCAACGGGAGGUGUUGCAAAAAGAGUUGGCGCAGGAGCAAGAAAUAAUGCAAAAACAGUUACAGGAUGAACAGGAAUUUUUACUGCAGCGACGCCAGCUUCGAGAUAAAUUCCAGAGAUGCAAAUUGGAUUUGUCCCGACGAUAUGAAGAGGAAGAUCCAGUCAGUGGGGAAGGCGAUUCUGCCGACAAAACCGUGGAGAACUGGACGGAAUCUGUUAAAUGCGAUUUGCUGGGGGCCAUUCCAAAAAGGCAGGAACAGGCCACUGAAUGUAUUGCUUCAAAACAACAAUCUAAAGUUGGAAAACCAAAUUCCAAUUUUGAUUUUUCGGAACCCUCGAUGCUAAACGAGCCGGGGUCGAAAACAGGAGCUGGUACCAUUAUCGAACAGAAAGUGGCGAAAAAUAAAGUACGUGAACUCGAUGAGCUUUUGCAGCAGUCAGACCUGACAGUGGAAGAGGAGAAUACGAUCAGGAAGCUGUUGAAUCGACGCAGACGAGACCAGCCAGUUUCGAAGCAUGAUGCGAACAGUGGACCAACACAAGAACAGCUGGCGGCGAGGCAAGCUGUAUCCAAACAACUUCCGGUUUUUCGAGGUGAAGCGGAAGUUUGGCCGCUAUUCAUAAGCUGCUACGAAUAUACAACGGCAGCACCCAGAUAA